CCCACCUCACCUGCGCGUCAACGCUUGUGCGCAGUAGCCGAAAAGGGGAGAAAGCAUGAUUGGCAGCGUGUUGUUUUAUGGGCUUUAUCCAUUAGCCCGGUAUUUGUCGUCGGGUCGAUCCUCAGAAAUCACAAAACCUGGUAUUUCCGGGUCUUGUAUCACUGGCAAGCAGGCAUGUGAAGGCCCUGACGUGCCACCAAGCAGCAGUAUGAAGGUGGAAAAACAGGAAUAUGCACAGGAAGACCAGGGGUAUCAAGGUACGACCAUAAAUGGAGAACAGCCCAAAACUGGGCUACAUGGAAAACUUGAGAUGGCGGAAAAGAUGCAGAGUGUAGGGACGGGUAAAGAAAUGCUCUUGGACCAUUGGGAUCUCCCGCUCCAACACACGCAAGCGAAAACACACCUGCACCACCAGGUCUUUGAUCUGAAUCUGAAUGAAGUCAAGCCAGCCCAGACCUCAAGCUCGGCGCAGCACCCCGAUGCGUUGAUUGAGGAUACCUCGACUCAAGUCAUUACAGAAGGCCGUACCGUUCCAGUUGAAUCACUCACACCUGCUGGCCUUGAGGAGCCUGAGGUCCCAGAAGUCCAGGCGCCAUUUCCAAUCCGGGAAUGCUGGGAUGGAUACACAGAAAACAUGUUGGAUAGAACGGAGAAGUGUGUGUUGGACCUACGGUCCCUGCUCUCAGCCGUUCAGAACCACAGCGCCGACGAGCGGCAGGAGGAGACGGAGCCAGAGGAGAGCUGGGGUCCCCAGACCUGUUGGCACAUACCCACAGGUCCAGGCCUGGCAGACGUGGCUCGCUGCCCGCUGUUGGAGUUCCCCUCCAUGAGCUACUACCCCCCAUGCCAGCACACACAGCCUUUAGAGGUGGUUUGGAGAGUCUGGGAGGAAGUGAACGCGGGCCACACAACAGCAGUGGAUCCUGUUCAGUGUGCCUCUUUUGACUUCAGCGUCAUGUCCUACAACAUCCUGUCCCAGGACCUUCUGGAAGCCCACCAGGAGCUGUACUCCCACUGUCCACUAGAGGGGCUGGACUGGAGCAACCGCUACCCACUGCUCCAACAGGAAAUCCUUAAAUGGUUGCCGGACAUCAUGUGUCUCCAAGAGGUCCAGGAGAACCACUACAAGGAGGAACUGCACCCCUUCCUCGCCGAGAUAGGCUAUAAAUGUGUGUACAAGCGGCGAACUGGGACCAAGACGGAUGGCUGUGCUACCUGUUACCGCGGCGACCGCUUCUCUGAGGUCUCAGCCACCAGUCUGGAGUUCUUCCGGCCAGAAUCUGAGCUCCUGGACCGGGACAACGUGGGCAUUGCUCUGCUGCUCCAGCCCGUCCUCCCCUCGGGGUCGUCUGAGGGGCCCAUCAAAGCCCCUUCAUGUAUCUGCGUGGCCAACACUCACCUGCUGUUCAACCCCCGGAGGGGCGACGUGAAGCUGGCCCAGCUGGCCAUCAUGCUGGCAGAGAUCCACGCCCUGGUCAAGGCCAGCAAGAGCAGAGGUCAGCGAUGCAGUGCCAUCUUGUGCGGGGACUUCAACGCUGUUCCCCGUAUGCCCCUGUAUCAGCUCAUCACCUCGGGCCAGCUCCACUACCACGGCCUCCCUGCCUGGAUGGUGUCUGGUGUGGAGGAUCUGUCGUACAAAGCCAAUCCCUACAAACUUUAUGCCCCGCUGUGGCACAGCUCCCUGGGGGUCACAGGCAUGUGCCAGUACACUCCCAGCCAGGAUGAGUGUGAACACCACAACAACAAAGACGGCAAGCUUCAAUACAGCCAUGCCUUUCUUCUGCAGCUGCGUCUCUGCCAAGCUGCGUGUGUGAGGCCUGCUGACCUGAUAUUCAUUCCUGACGUGACUGACAAUACCCCAGUUAACUCUGAGAUGAACUUCCCUCACGCUCCAAGCAUGGGUCCCACCAUCUGCCACGGGCUGGGCCUGAGCUCCGUCUACAAGCACGUCCUCCCAGGUUUGGGCCAACCAGAGGUCACCACCCUGCACUCUGAAGCAGGCGCCACAGUCGACUACAUCUUCUACACCCCCAGACGGGAUCCUCCAUCAGGCGAUCCAAAAGGUUUUGGAUCGCUUCUCGGCGGAAGCCUUGAGCUGACUGGCUAUCUCUCCCUCCUGUCUGAGGCGGACCUGUGGUCCAUGGCGGGCCUGCCCAAUCAGCAUUUCCCCUCGGACCAUCUCAGCCUCUUGGCCAGAUUCAAGGCCUGGUAGUAAUGCUGGCACCACAGCAGGAGGAAGCAUGCUGGAGGGAAUAUGGUUCAAAUAUAUUGUUUUGCUUCAAAGGGCCUAGAGGGGUAUACCUCUCCUUCUCUUACAGAUGUUUUAUUUUUUUAAUAAUGUUUUCUAGUUUUCUACAAGUUCAUACUAUUGCAUGAUUUAAUUUCUGAGUCCUUGAUUUAUUUGCUUUUAGUUCCCCCAGUUUAUAUGGUUAUAUAUAUAUAU